AUGGCCACAGCGACAGCGAAAGCAAUGCGGGCGUGGCUCUACUCGAGUGCAACGGGUGGUCUGCACAAGAACUUGGCUCUCUCAGCCACAGCAGCUCACCCCCGCCCACAAUCGCCACCCAGCCUCUCGAAAGAUGAGCUACUGGUCCGAGUGCGCGCCGCCGGCCUCAAUCCAAUCGAUUAUAAGAUACCAGAGCUUCCCUACUCCAUAUCACGCACCAUGAUCUCCGUGCCGGCCAGCCCUGCAAUGGACUUCUCGGGCACUGUGGUCGCGCACGGCUCCGCGAUCGAGUUCCCCGUCAAGGUCGGUGACUCAGUUUUUGGACGCCUCGAUCCAGGCCGCUUCGGAGCGCUGGGGGAGUACAUUGUCGCGAAAUCAUCCGGUUGCGCCAGCCUGCCCAGCGGAGUGAGCCUCGAGCACGCCAGCGGCGUGGGCUCGGUCGGCCUUGCGGCAUUCUCCAGCAUCGUGCCCAAUGUCCCUGCCGCCCAUUCUCCAGGCGGGCUUCCAUUUCGCAUCUUCAUCAACGGCGGUAGUGGCGGCACAGGCACGUUCGGAAUCCAGAUCGCCAAGCUCCUGGGGUGCCACGUCACCACCUCGUGCUCUGCGCGAAACGUCGAGUUGUGCAAGAGCCUCGGCGCGGACGAGGUGCUUGACUACACCCAAGGCGACUUGGUCGGCGCACUGAAGGCAAAGGGCCAAGUGUUCGACCUCGUCGUUGAUAAUGUUGGCUCUUCACCCAGGGACCUGUACUCGGCUUGCGACCAAUUCCUCGUACCAAGCGGCCAAUUCGUGCAAGUUGGCGCGGGUAUGUCGAUGGCUGACAUGCAGCUCAUGAUGUCACGUAUGAUGCUGCCAUCAUUCCUGGGUGGCGGGUCCCGGAAGUUCUCAUUGGCGGUCGCGAAGAACAAGCACGAAGACCUCGCUCGCCUCGGCGAGUGGAUCGCAGCCGGCAAGAUCAAGGUCGUGGUCGAUGAGAUUUUCGAGUUUGACGAUGCAGCCAAGGCCUAUGAGAAACUCAGAACAGGACGGGCCAGGGGCAAGAUCAUCGUGAAGGGUGCGUCAUGA